AUGGAGGCUGUGGCGCGCUCGCGCGGCGAGGUGGCACCUGGGGCUGAUGACAAAGGCGGCGACGAUGCGUGCGCUGACGAGGUCGGCGUCGAGGCUCGUGCGGGCUCGUGCGGCGGGCCGGCACUGUGGGACGACCAGCGACGCGGUGGCGAUGCAUCGUCCGCCAGCGAGGGUGCAGCGUCCAGGAACGGUGAGGCGAACACGGCGUUGGACGACGCGAUUUCUGGGGACACGGCCGGUGACUGCGACGACAUUGAAGCAGAGGUCAGGAAGUCCCGGGAUGACGACAGUGCGGCGGCCGUGAAGAAAAGGAAGAAGACGAGAAAUAAGAUGAGGAACCGGAAGCACAGGGACACGAGACUAACACCAGACGAAUCGGAGUCCGGCACCGAGGUGGUCCGCACUCGUUACCCUGAGAGGGACAAGGCUGCCCUUGAAGCUGAGGUAGAUUGUCUCAAGCAGGACACAUCGCAGCAUGCUACCCGCAUCAGCCAGCUGGAAUGCGAGUUGGCAAACAUGAGAGAUGCACAUGGUCUCAAGCAGGAGCACGACGUCUACAAAGCCAAGGCCACCACCUUGAUUAAUGAAAGGGACAGCCACAUUUCUGGCCUGAAGGACAAGGUCCGUACUCUGGAGAAACAGCUCGAACAGCAGCUGGACGAGUCGCGGCAACAUUUCUUCGAGGCCAAGAAAUCCUGGAGUGACAAAAUCCAGACCCUUGAAGCUCAGAUCUUCAACAUGGACCGGAAGGUGGCCGAGGACUCGCUGGAGUACAGUCGCAUGGAGAGGCUGCUUGCAGAUGCUCAGCAGUGCCUCAAGGAUCAGCAGCACCAGUGUGCCAAGUUCGAGGAGCAAUUGCUGGAGCGGUACACUCAACUGGCACACAUGCGGCGCAGCCAUGAAGAAGAGCUGCAGCGGCGCCGCGCACUCCAGGACUCCGAGCUGGACGAGCUACGUAUGCAAGCGGCUGUUCUCCGUGCGCAGCUCGCCCAGGCCCAACAGGACCGUGACCGAGAGGCCAGUCAAGCGCAAAUAUUAAUUUUGAAACUGAACCGGAAGAAGGCAGAGUGCAAGAAGAACCAGGAGCAGAUCCAGGGGCUCGAGGAGAGCCAGAGGACUUUGUUGGCAAAGGUCUCCGAGCUUGAGAAGCAGCUCAAUCUGGCGUCGGACUCUGAGACAAUUCUCAAGCACAGUCUCAAGAGGAGUGAGGCUGAGCUAGAGACCAUGCAGGAAGAGCUUGCAAAGCUGAACCAGGUGAUGACCUCGGCUGUGAUCGAGAACAAGCGGCUGAUGGAGGAGCUUGAGGCAAGACAGCAGCAAGCGGAUAAACAACAAUCCAGGCUGAAAGCGGUAACCGAGCUGCUGGGAUCCCGGGAGACGACGGCAGAACAGGUGGAUCCGCUCGUGGUGGAACCUGUCGUGCACGUGCGCAAUUUCACCAGCGUGUCUGACCCGCAGCGCAACAUCAGCGAGGGAGGCGUGCGCGCCGGAGGCAUAUGCAGUCGGGGCUUCGUUGGGGACGUCGCGCUGCCGUGGCUGCCAAGGUCACUGGCGUUCAACGACUACUACCUGGACGAGUGGCCGCCACCCGCACAUUCGGGUUCGACAACCCUCGUUGCCUACCCUCCACUCUUCUUUCUUCCCCCACUGGUCUCCAAAAAGCCGGCAGUGACGUCGGUGAAGCCACGGCUGCCCUGCGCUCGCCGCCGCGCAGCCGCGGUGGCGCUGCCCAUCAUACGCACACCAACCACGCCCGUGCGGGCAUCGGUAGUGAGGGGAGGCUGA